AUGUCAAGGGGCGAUGAUUUCCCCCGCUACACUUACAUGAUGGACUUCAACCCCAUGGACGAAGACACGCCUCUCAGGGACUACUGGCAGACAACCGACGACCUGGACAACGAAGAUGCUGCCACGAUUGCGAGCCUGGCCACGCGGGUGCUGCAGUCCAAGUCGGGCUUCGACUAUGGAGACGGCAUGGGCGUGGGCGCGGGCAUAGAGGUGAAUGAACCCGGCGUGGUGGCAGACUACAUGUACAGUGAGAGUCGAUCGUCGCCUCAGUCUCAGUACUCAACCACCCUCCCGACGGAGCCAGCAGAAUCAUUUCGAGGUCUGAUGGAUGACCAUGACCGCGGCGUUCAGAUGUUGGAGGAAGGCGCCGCUUCGCAGUACGAUUUUGAGCCAGAAGCCCGGGGGCACGAAGUAAGCCAUGUGCAUGGAAUCGAUGAA